AUGGUGCGCCUGCUGGAGCUUCGUGCGGUUUUGACCGUGCUCACGUUGGCGCUUGCCGCGCUUCAUCAUCAACAGCAGCUGUUGAUGGGCGCGUUGCGGCGGCGGUUGCGCCAGGAGGAUGGUGAAGAUGAGGAUGAACCUCCCCCCAAACGCCGAAGGCAGGUCGUGCCUAGAGCGGACUACCGCAGCAUGCCUUGGGCUAAAAUGCUAGAGAAGACAGACCUCCUGAUGGACCCGACGACGAGAGAAGCGAAGCAGUUCCGCCGGAGGUUUCGCGUGCCCUACCCUUUCUUCGUCUCCCUCGUAAACGACGUGAAGGCGGGGAACUGGCCUGAUUUCACGACCGACGAGUUUGAACUUGGCGGGAGAGGAAGCAGACGCUGCAUCCCCGUGUAGAUCAAGGUGUGUGGAGUGUGUUGACGCGCAUGCCCUACAAUAGCGUGACUUAGUUUGUGAGGAACAUAGGGUUGUAACACGUCGCUACGGCGCCUUUUGAGUCAGGGUUCAAUCUGGGGCAGACCAAAAAAAGAAGGAAAAGCACCUCGAAAAGCAUCGUAGCUCCGCAUCAUCUGAGCCAGGCACAUGCAGGCGUACCCUACGUAGCGGAAGCCGAGUGCGUUUCCUGCUCUUGGCACGAAGGGAGGGAGUUGGAAGUGAGCGGGGUUGGAGUUGAGCGGGGCUGUUGUAGCCUUGUAGCACUUAGAUUCACGCGUCGGUCCUCCUGAGCGAACGUGGUGGUAAGGGACAAACUGUAUAUGAAGGCGGCGGCAGGGAUAGACACGUUGAGCGGGUGUCUCUUCUACUUCCAUCCACCCUGAAACGGUUGUGUUUCACCAAAACACAUAGCGGAACGCAGGUCGCCCUAGCCUCUCCCUCUUCACCUCCUCAACAGCGGUGCGGGAUGUGCAAUCUUCCUUGUUGCGCCCCUCGUUUGUACUUGCGACUAGCCGCUGUGCCGCUGUGUCUCUCACGCGACGUGUGUCAAGGGCACGCCAUUCAUGCGUGAAAAAGGGUGUAUUUUUUGCUCACAAAGGAAUUCUCGGCGUACAAACCACUGAAUGCCAUGCAUGAACACGAAAACGGAAGGAAUUUGCAAGGACAGUAAGGGGGGAACGAACUCUUCAGGUAUCACAUCAAAACCAAACAUGGACGGCCAUGGGC